CCCUCCUCCUCCCGGGUGUACUGGCCUGUUACAGGGAGCGAAUGAAGUUUUGCGGUUGAAAAGAAGUGGGUCCAUCCCCUCUCCUCCUUCCUUGGCCACGCCCCCACCCCUGUUCCGUUGGACUACUGGCCGUGAGCCACCCCCCUCUUUCCUUCAGUUGCUCCGGUGACAGGCAGGUUGGGGGAGAAGGAAGGAAAGAGAGAGGGUAGCUUUCUUCGUCCAGUUGGGGAGUGCUGAGAUUUCCUCCCUUGCUUCAUAACUGCCUUAAAUUUCCCCCUCCCUUGCUUCUGUGCACGCGCCUCCAACGGUUUCCGAGUAACGAUGCAGUUUAUGUUGCUUUUUAGUCGUCAGGGGAAGCUGAGACUUCAGAAGUGGUAUGUCCCAUUGUCUGACAAAGAAAAGAAGAAAAUCACAAGGGAACUUGUUCAAACUGUCUUAGCCCGUAAACCGAAAAUGUGCAGCUUUCUUGAGUGGAGAGACCUGAAGAUUGUCUACAAAAGGUAUGCAAGCCUUUAUUUCUGCUGUGCCAUUGAAGAUCAGGAUAAUGAGCUAAUAACGUUGGAGAUAAUUCAUCGUUACGUAGAAUUGCUUGAUAAAUACUUUGGAAGUGUUUGUGAACUUGAUAUCAUCUUUAAUUUUGAGAAAGCUUAUUUUAUUUUGGAUGAAUUUCUGUUGGGUGGGGAAGUUCAAGAGACCUCAAAGAAAAAUGUUCUUAAAGCCAUUGAACAGGCAGAUUUGUUACAGGAGGAAGCGGAGACCCCUCGUAGUGUACUUGAAGAAAUUGGACUGACAUAAGCUGCCACCUUUGCUGAUGUCUUGUGUGAUGUUUCACAUAACUGUAAAUGUUCACUGCCUCCAUUUAAUGUUAGCUAGUGGUGUUAUGAUGCUAUUUGUCAGUAUUACUGUUCUGCUAAGCUACUUCAUUCAGGCCUACAAGAAAAAUUCUGUUUACUGUAAAAUAAAAAAGGGAAAAACAUUUUAAAAACCUUUUGAAAAGAAUAAAAGGGAUUUUACAGUAAUUUUAAAGCACAGUAUUUAAGACCAUUAGUAAGUCUUAGAUGGCAGAGUUAUUUAUAAAAUUAAAUUGCCAUCACACAAUGUAUCUAAACCUGUGUGGUAUGCUGCAUACCAUAUACUGAAAAGAAUUGUGUAAGUUAACAAGUGAAAUACAUCAAUGUAGAACUUGGCUUUGUGUAACCAAAGACUUUUUCUAUAAAGUCAACAUUUGUUAAAAUUCAGUUUAGGUUACUGCUGAAGAUUGGAGGGGAAACAACCAUGUAUGGCUGCUUACUAUACCAAAGAAUCCUACAAAAGUCUACAAGUUAAACUGUUGUGAGUUGUUACAGUAGCUCCAUUUUGGCAACAGAGUUGUAAACAAUUUAAUCAGAAUGGAAGUGUAUAGUAUAAAAAAUUCAACCUCAAAAAUGAGUUCAUUAACUUUAAAAAGGGAAUGCAGGUAUCAUAGCAUUUCCUUUUGAUGAAAAAACUUAUUUUUUGUUUAGACAGUAUAAUUUGAUAUUACAGUCCAGUCAAAAUCAUAAAGCAGUAUUAAUUCAAAAUCAUCUGAAAAUUGUUGAAAUAAACCAAAAAGGGUAAAUAAGAGGAUGUUAUAAAUGUGAGAAUGGAUUUCCUCUGUCCCUAGAAACAAAACUUUCUGGCUACAUUUUCCAGUAUCAUGAUUGCUGUACUUUACACCAGAUCCUGAGCAGCUACUUGGAUAAUUUGACAGUUUUUAAUGCUUGAGAUCUUUAACUCCACCUCACACAAUGUUACAUUUAGUUGGAAAAUGAAAUAUGCCAGGGGAAUCAAACUUUACACUGGAAACUUUACCUGGCUGUCUCAGGCAUCCUAGUAAAUAAGGCUGCAACCCUGUGUACAUUUACUUGGAUGUAAGCUUCAUUGAACAAAAUGAGACUUCUCAGUAAUCAUGCACAGGAUUGGGCUGCACAGGUGUCAGAAAGCCAUACUGUUUACUGUAAUGUGCAUUUCACUAUGUGUCUUUUGCUCAAUAAAUAUAAGCUCAGUACAGACUGCCUGUGCGUUGACAAGCCUCUUAAACAUGCACCCUUCAAUUAACACAUGACUACUAAAUCCUUGUGGCUGUUUGCUGUGAUCAGUGUAUUCUAAAGAAUCCAAAUGCUUUACUAUAAAACUGUGCCAUAAAUGUAAAAGAGUUUCUUCCUGGUUGGUACUGACCUCAACAAUGGAAAUGUUGGAACAAUGGUUGCAUAAGGUACAUAGGAGCCCAGUUCUACAUUUCACUCAUGGAAAGACCUAGAAAAAGUUAACAUUAGAAUAGCCCUCUUGUGUAACACUGAAAUUACUGAACACUUCAAAAUGUCAACUUGAACAUAAUUUCAUGUGUAUUCAAAACAUGUUUAAGGUUUACACAUUGCCUUGUAUGUGCUUGGUUGGAAAAGCUUUGUGAUUGUGACAAACUGUGUGAACGCUGUCUUAGUAUCACAUCAGUUUAGUUGUAAUAAAUGUUCAUUUUUA